CUGGCGUGGACCCAACCAUUGAGCUAUUGCAUGCAGUACAAUAAAUGCGGUGCUGUAUAUGAGUCGGCAGCUGCGGUGCAAGCAAAGAGGUGUCAGCAGUGCAGUGUCAGCUGGUGUCAGCGGUGCGCUUUUAGCUGUACACUGCACCUUUUGCUUGCCAACUCGUGAAUUGUCAACUCCAAUGCUCGGGCUUUUCGACUGCAAUGUCUACGAGUUGUUCGUUGUAGUACUUUUUCGGUGUGCCGAAAUUAAUGUGGCGGGCGCAUGCGAGAGCGCUCAAGGCCUUGCUGGGCAUCUCCUUGAAUUCUGCCCCGUCAUCUCCGCCAUGACGGCCUUGCCGAAGAACGCCGCUUCACGGCCAUGGUCGCCUUCAGCUGGCGGGUCGCGAUCAUCAAAACGAUUUUGCUGAAGAGCCCUCGCUGACCAGCCUUGGUCGCCUUCACCGUGGCGACUGCGCCGAAGACCCACGCCCCGGCCUUGGUCGCCAUGGACUCCGCCGCCAUCCCGGCUCGGCCGCGCUGUGCCCCUUUCAAGUGCGCGCGGCCCACCCUCUCAAGGGAAAAGUGGCUCCUUGAGCCAAAAUCGCU